AGUGCAAACACAACCCCCUUCGGGUCAUUCAGCAAAACUUACAUACAGCAAUGGCCUCCGCUGCUGGGAGAAGGCUGCUUCCCGUGGGUCUAAGACUACAGCAGGCGCGCACUCCCCUCACGAGGCACAGUCCCGCCCCCUGGCGGGUCUACAGCACCGAUGCUGCUCCCAAAGUCGUGACUUUAACGGAAUUCCAGAGGAGGAAAAUAGAGAACUGCUUUGACUUCUACGAUAUCAACAAUGAUGGCAUUCUCAGAUUCGACGAAGACUUUGAAACUGCUCUGAAGGCCUACAUCCGACUGAACGGGUGGACCGAGGACUCCAAACAGUACGUGCAGUACUACCGCCGCUGGGUGGCGUUCUGGAACAACCUGUACGCGGGGAAGAUGUACAGGAGGGAGGGGAAGGGCGACCAGCAGAUCACCCGGGAGGAGUUCCGCACCAUGUGGACACAGGCGCUCACAAACAGGACGGACAUCAACAAGACGCCGAGAUGGGUCCGGGAUCUCAUCCCUAACACUUAUCACGCUAUUGAUACAGACGGUGACAACACGUUAAAGCUGAAGGACUAUGAAAAGUUCUUUGAGGCUUUCGGGAGGAACGGUGCCGCGGCGGAUAUCUUCAACAAACUAGACAUUAACGGUGACGGCAUGGUGUCCCGGACGGAGUGGGACAUCCACAUGCAGGACUUCUUCAUCAGCGAGGACGAGACGAGGCCAGGGAACCACCUCUGGGGAUAUCUACAGUAAAUCAGCCGUCAGAUAGUAUUCACAUACGCAUAGGCU